GUGUAUGGACUGUUUGUGGUCUAGUGUGUAUUGAGUGCGGGCUCACACCUCACACUCACCGGCAGUUUGGAGCGAUGUAUGCAGGCCCCGGGCACCGAAUGACUGCGGGGGAGAGCUCAGCUCUGCAGCUGCCCGCGGAGGCAGUGAACAUGGGCAGCUGCCCCCUUCUCAGAGGAUGCUCCCUGACUAAUAUAGUGUAACCUGGAGGGCACUGAACUAGUGAUUGAACAUGGUUUUUGCUCGUGGGAUGAACUCCCAUAUGUCUCACCUUAUCUUGCCCACCGUCUUGUACCCAAUUCCGAUUACCAACAUGACUGCCUGUCCACUGUCAGUUGGAGAGCCCUGGGCACCUGGAGUCUUUAAAGAUGGCACAUCUGGAAAGCGGAACAACACUAUGCCUGGCCAGCUACUCUUUCCUGGAGAAAUUGCAGCUGCUGGACUUGUUUUUGGGAUUAUCUGGAUCUUUUCAGUCUUUGGAAAUGCUCUAGUGUGUCUCGUAAUUCAUCGAAGUAGGAGGACUCAGUCUACCACAAAUUACUUUGUUGUGUCUUUGGCAUGUGCUGACCUUCUGCUAAGUGUGGGCAGUGCUCCUUUCACCUUGUUCCAGGUCACUUCUGGACGCUGGGCAUUAGGAAGUGCUAUGUGCAAACUUGUGCGUUAUUUUCACUACUUGACUCCAGGUGUUCAAAUAUACGUCCUUCUCUCCAUUUGCCUUGACAGAUUCUACACUAUUUUGUAUCCGCUGAGCUUCAAGGUAUCUAGGGAGAAAGCCAAAAGGAUGAUAGCUGCCUCUUGGCUAUUUGAUGCUGCAUUUGUAUCUCCUGCUUUUUUCUUUUACGAUGGAGUGGAUGGCCAUUGUAAUUUCUUCCCUCCUCCCUCAUGGGAUGGCGCAGCUUAUGGGUUGGCUCACCUCAUAGUGGGCUUUUUGGUUCCCUCUGCACUUAUUAUCCUUUUUUAUCAAAAGGUAGUAAAAUACAUUUGGCGUAUUGGAACAGAUGGACUUACUGUCAGACGCACCAUGAAUAUUGUACCUAGGACCAAGGUCAAAACUAUUAAGAUGUUCCUAAUGCUCAACGCCAUUUUUUUGGUGUCCUGGUUACCCUACUAUGUGGUACAGCUGUGGCAUCCAGAUGAGAGUGAUCAGCGUCAGAGCUGCCUUGUGUUCUUGGCAGUUUCAUGGUUGUCAUUUGGAUCUUCAGCUGCUAAACCUACCCUGUACUCUGUCUACAAUGCCAAUUUCCGACGUGGCAUGAAGGAAACUUUUUGUAUGUCUUCUAUGAAAUGCUACCGGAGCAAUGCUUACACUAUCACUACCAGCUCACGCAUGGCCAAAAGGAACUAUGUGGGCAUUUGUGAAAUUCCCGUACCAGCUAAAACUGCUGUGAAGGAAUCUGUCUAUGAUUCCUUUGACCGGGAGGCCAAAGAGAAGAAGCUUGCUUGGCCUAUUGAUUCCAAUCCUCCUAAUACCUUUGUGUGAUAGUUGAAUUCUGAUACAAAGACAGAAUUAUAAUGGAUAGUACAUUUAUUAAAGUGUUGUGUUAACUAUAAUGCAUAACUUCCAGUCCAAUGUCUAGGGGUUUGAUGUUAUUUUUAAGGCUGUUCUUACAAAGAAAUCAUUUGUUGCCUAUAUUUGUCAACCCCUUUUUUUUCUUCUUUCUUUUUCUUCAAAGAAGGUCAGGAAGAAACAGCCAGUAAGGGGGGCUGCAUUGUCUGAGCCAUUAUACCCUAUUUUCUUCCCCCAAACAUAGUAUAAGGACAUUUAAAAAAAAAAAAAAACACAUAUAUAUAUAUAAUACCUCUCAGUGCUUGACUGGAAGUGAUGCAAUAAAGUUAAAGCAUUACAUCUAUGUCCCUUUUAACCUUUUUGCUGUCAGUGUUGGACUGUGAAGCAUUGUUCGGCAGCAAAGAGUUUAAAAGUGACUUUUGAAACAUUUUCUGCUGUGCAGGUAAUUUACAGCCACUUGCUGGAUUAUGUUUUAAAGAGAUUUAAGCAAUACUAAACUGUCAAAACAGGAACUAAUGUUUUUUUGUAACAAAAAAAAAAAAUGGAAAAAAAUAUGUCUAUGUAAAUAUAAAUGUAUUUAUUUUCUGGUGGCAAAUACAAAAUGGUAAAAAUUG